CCUCUCUCUCUCUCUCUGCGUUUGGAUCUAAAUAGCGUCUCUUCUCUUCGAACGCUAACAUGAGAAUCGCCCCUUUUUAAUUAGUUUUUCAUUCUUUUUUUUUAAAUUGUUUUUGAGCGGGACAAGCUGAGGGUUUUCCUGAGAGCACCCAAGAUUUUAAGGCUAUAAUUUUUUUCUUAACCCGAUCCCGAUCUAGGGUUUCAUUUCCCUUUUCGAUAUCGGAUUGUUUGGUUAUUGGUGAAUCAACAGAUGUCUCGGUGUUUUCCGUUUCCUCCACCGGGAUACGUAAAGAACGGAAUCCGCGAUGAGGCACUGAUUGAAUCGAUCAAGCUUAAAAGAGAAGAAGAGAAGGCUAAGAAAGAAAGGAAGAAAGAAAAGAAAGAGAAGAAAGAGAAAAAACGGGAGAAGAAAGAAAUAGACAAAGCCUGGCACAGUGGAGAGUCCAAAAGUAAGAAGCAUGGUCAUAAGAAACGGCAUAAAGACGAGAGGAGCCAAGAAGGUCAAAAAGGUGGAGACCGUCAAAAGAGCAGACAAAACGAAGCUGAAUGUUUUGAGAAGAGUACGCUUACUGAAGAACAUGGUCAUGCAGCGGGACCCCAGAACUCUUCGGAUAGCACCCUUAACAGCAGUAAAAAACAGAAGCUGAGAUCACCCCCGUCUGACAGUGGGCAUAAUUCUGGAAGCAUUAUCCGGAUCUGUUUGUCUUCUCAAAGGCAUGCAGAUCCCAUAGUGCUACCCUGCAAUGAGCAGCCUUGCUCUACCUCAGGAAAGAUUGAUGAGGCCUUUGUUCAAGGGACGCAUGAGCAUGUUCCUAGAUCAGGCUGGGAGCUGGGGAAACAUCCUUGUUCUACAUCCAAUAUUAGACUUCCGGAGUUAACUCCCAAGCUCAGCAAAGAAAAACCUUGCUCCUCUUCUGGUGCUUCAGAAAGUCUUACUUAUAAUGCUCAGGGAUCAUUUCCGUCAAACCUGUGUUGCAGUUGCUCUCCUACACUAACUUCACAAUUCAAAAAUCUUGUGGAGGAUUGGAUUGGACCUACACUGCAGAGCGAGUUAACCAGUUUUAGUGAUGAGGACUGGCUGUCUCAGAAGCAAAAUCUCAACAGCAGCGGGGUUAAAAGCAGCAAAGAUGGAAAUGUUGGCUGGUGUCAAAUGAACUCAACAAGUUGGCCACAUGCUUGCUUUUUGCCCGAGGCUGAUAUAUAUGCUUUACCUUUCACGGUACCGUUCUGAAGUAAAUGUGCUGAGAAGGCGUGCAAAGUGUCAACUAGAAAAUGGUGCUGAAAGUGCUUAAAAGUACUGAAAGUAUGAAGGGUUUGUUGCCAGCAUUUCAGCUCUUCCGUUUACGUUUGGGAUUUGGACUCAAUUGAGGAUGAUGAAUUUUGUGCGGCGACCCUUAAUUGGAAAAAAAUUGGCUACCGAGGCUUACUUCUUUUUUCCUUUUAACCCUUGUUGGUGAAGAGAAAAAUAGAACUGAUGUAUUACAAUAAUCAAUUCUUUGUAGUAAUAUCGAGUAUUACCCUUUGUUCA